AAACAGAUUCAAAUCCACAGCAACCAAAAAUCCUCAAAAGCUAGAUUCAAUGGGAUCGCUCUCUGCCUUGGACCAGCCGCUGCAAUAUCCGAUUGCUCGGAGAGACGAGUCUGUUGUCAACGAUUAUCACGGCGUCAAGAUUUCCGAUCCUUACCGAUGGCUUGAAGAUCCUGAUUCUGCAGAAACAAAGGAGUUUGUGCAGAAGCAGGUUGAAUUGUGUGAAUCAGUGCUUAAAAAAUGUAAUACUCGGGAGCAAAUUCGAGAGAGAGUUACAAAGCUCUUUGAUCAUCCACGUUAUGGUGCUCCAUAUAAACGAGGCAAUAAUCGCUAUCCAGCUCCCAAAGAGGGAGAGAACAUAGAUGCUGGGACAGAAACCAAUACAAACCUUUAUCAUGAGCUUUACUAUCAUUUCUUGGGUACGGAUCAAUCAGAAGAUAUUUUAUGCUGGAGAGAUUCUGAAAAUCCAAAGUUCAUCUUUCGGGGCUCUGUUACAGAUGACGGAAAGUACCUUCUCUUGUAUAUCUCGGAGAAUUGUGACCCAGUUAACAAAGUAUACUACUGCAACAUGUCUGCACUUUCUGAAGGUCUUCAAGGUUUUAGGGGAAAAGAUUUCCUGCUCCCAUUUGUUAAGCUGGUAGAUCAAUUUGAUGCACUGUAUACAGCAAUUGCAAAUGAUGACACAUUAUUUACUUUCCGGACUAAUAAAGGUGCCCCAAGAUAUAAAUUAGUCCAUGUUGAUCUAAAGGAACCAAGUAAUUGGAUUGAUGUUAUCCCAGAGUCUGAAAAAGAUGUCCUUAAAUCGGCAAAUGCUGUUAAUGGUAAUAAGAUGAUUGUGAAUUAUCUAAGCGAUGUGAAGUAUGUGCUUCAGAUAAGGGAUUUAGAAACAGGUUCAUUUCUGCAUCAGUUACCACUUGACAUUGGGACAGUUUAUGAGAUUACUGCUAGGCGUGAAGAUGAUAUGUUUUUUAUUUAUUUUUCAAGCUUCCUUACUCCUGGUAUUAUAUAUCAGUGCAACUUAGGAGCUGGGGUUCCAGAUAUGAAGAUAUUCCGUGAAAUUUCUGUACCUGGAUUUGAUCGCACAGAAUUUGAUGUCAAUCAGGUUUUUGUCCCCAGUAAGGAUGGUACCAAAAUCCCAAUGUUCAUUGUGGGCAGAAAGAAUGUUGAUUUGGAUGGAUCACACCCUUGUUUAUUAUGUGGAUAUGGUGGAUUUAACAUCAGUAGCACACCAUCAUUCAGUGUCUCUCGCAUUGUACUAGCUAGGCAUUUAGGUGCCUUUUUCUGUAUUGCAAACAUUCGUGGUGGGGGAGAGUAUGGAGAAGAAUGGCAUAAAGCAGGUUCACUUUCCAAGAAGCAAAAUUUGCUUCAUGAAUACAUCUUUCUUUAUCUUGGAUUCUUUUAUACUUGUCCAAAAUUCCAAAUGCAUAAGGCUGUCUUGCAGUAAUGAGUUCACUCUCUCUCAUUUAUUCUCUUCUCUCUCAGACAAUGCAGCAUGUUUUGUGCACCAGCUUGGAGAAUAGUCCCCAGACCAACCCAAUUAUUGGUCGCAUUGAGUGCAAGGCUGGACAUGGAGCAGGACGUCCAACAAAGAAACAGAUUGAGGGAGCUGCGGAUCGAUAUAGUUUCAUGGCCAUGGUAUCAGACGCAACUUGGAUCG